AUGACGAGGAUGAUCCGGCCGUAUGGCAGAGCAGUGAUUCAGAGGAAGCCGCCUCUCCAUGGGGAAGCGCCUCCGCUGGAGCAGCAGGGAGCGGCUCACAACGAAGACAAAAACGACGACUCAGAUGGGGCUCCGGCGCUGAAGUGGUUCACGACGAAGAGGAAAAAGGCGACUCCAGAGCGGCUCAUAUGGAUACAACGAGAUGGGGAAUUGUGGAAUCGAGCGGAAUCAGCGCCUGGUACGUUGUGGAGGAGGAAAAAAAGGUCAGCGGGAAGACUGCGCUGGCUGCCGCACAUCUUCGCCAAGGUGCUGGAGCUCCCGUUCGCGGCCGACGCGGACGUGUCCAUCGAGGAGGACGCGGCAGCGUUGCAGUUCGUCGCCGCCGCCGUCGUCGACGUCGACGGGUUCUCCUUCUCCCCCGCAGGUGGCUCCCGCGCGCACGCCGUCAAGAUCCACCCGGGGGUCACCAAGGUCGUCGUCCGGGGCCUGUCCUUUGGCGCCAACGACGACGACGAUGGGGCAGGCGCCGCCUUCGAGCUCGACCGCUGGCGGUUCCGCCUCCCUCCCUGCACGCGCCCCGCCAUGGCCACCGCCACCUACGCCCAGGGCGAGCUCGUCGUCACCGUCCCCAAGGGCGCCGGCCCCGACGACGGCGACGGCGACGGCGACGGCGAUGCGGCCACUGCUGCCCUCGGUGGCACGGACCGCGUCCUCGUGCUUGUAUAGUCCUAUAAUCCCAUUCCCAUCCAUGACUCGUCUCGACUUCGCCUGUUUUGCUGAUUCGCCUCCUGUUUCUGUUUUUGUUUCUACUACUGCUAAUAUCAAUAUUGAUAUCACGCGCGAGAUGAUGAU